CACCACCACCAGUUCACAUUUUGUUAAUAAUGCUUGUAUAUGCAGACAUGUAUAAAUAGUUGUUUAAGUUGUCCUGAUCGUUGUUAUAUUCUUCUCGGGUCAUACAUCUCUGUCUGGACAGAACUAAACUACUUCAUUGUUAAAUAUAUAUAUAUUAAGUUUAGUAACUUAAGAAGGUGAUCAUCUAAGUUUAUCAGCGGAGGUCUGAUUCUAGAAUGGCGCAAGUCCUGCUACACGGAACCAUUCAUGCAACGAUCUACGAGGUCGACAAGCUCCAUGCUGGUUUUGGCCGCAAAUUCUUGCAUAAGCUGAAGCAAGACGUGGAGAAAGUUGUGGGUUUUGAUAGGACUGCUUGCCGUCUUUAUGCAACUAUAGACUUGGAGAAAGCCAGAGUUGGUCGCACCAGGCUAUUAAAAGACGAUCACUCCAAUCCGCGGUGGAAUGAAUCAUUUCACUUGUACUGUGCCCAUAUGGCUUCCAAUGUUAUAUUCACUAUCAAAGAAGAUAAUCCCAUAGGGGCGGAAAUUAUUGGGAGAGCUUAUUUGCCUGUUCAGGAACUUCUAGGAGGGAAUGAAGUUGACAGGUGGCUCGAGAUCCUUGAUGAUAAAGAUCAUAAACCAAUACAUGGACAUUCUAAAAUCCAUGUAAAACUGCAUUACUUUCAUGUUACUAGAGAAUGUACCUGGUCUCGAGGAAUAACAAGUACAAAACAUCCAGGUGUACCUUUCACAUUUUUCACUCAGAGACAUGGAUGUAGAGUGUCGCUUUACCAAGAUGCCCAUAUUCCAGACAACUUUAUCCCAAAAAUUCCUCUGUCUGGGGGAAGGUAUUAUGAGCCACACCGAUGCUGGGAAGAUAUAUUUGAUGCUAUUUCAGAUGCAAAACACUUAAUUUACAUCACAGGAUGGUCUGUUUAUACUGAAACCACCCUGAUAAGGGACUCAAGAAGGCCAAAGCGUGGUGGAGACAUGACCCUAGGCCAGCUUCUCAUAAAAAAGGCCAAUGAAGGUGUGAGGGUUCUAUUGCUUGUUUGGGAUGACAGAACUUCUGUGAAAUUACUAAAGCAGGACGGAUUGAUGGCAACUCAUGAUGAGGAUACAGGAAUGUACUUCCAUAACACUGAAGUUAACUGUGUUCUGUGUCCACGUAAUCCAGAUGAUGGACGGAGCAUUAUUCAAGACUUGGCAAUCUCUGCCAUGUUUACUCAUCACCAAAAGAUUGUUGUUGUUGACAGUAAAAUGCCUAAUGGAGAUGAAAAGAGAAGAAGGAUUGUGAGUUUUGUCGGUGGUAUUGAUCUUUGUGAUGGGAGAUAUGAUACUCCUUUUCACAGCAUUUUCAGAACUUUAGGCACUGCCCACCAUGAUGAUUUUCAUCAGCCUAACUUUGAGGGUGCUUCUAUAAAAAAAGGUGGCCCGAGGGAGCCCUGGCAUGAUAUUCACAGCAAACUUGAAGGGCCGAUUGCUUGGGACGUGCUCUAUAAUUUUGAGCAGAGAUGGAGGAAACAAGGAGGAAGGGAGAUUCUAGUUCAGUUGAGAGAACUUGAAAAGAUUAUUAUACCACCGUCUGCAGUAAUGUUCCCACAUGACGACGAAAGAUGGCAUGUACAACUGUUCCGAUCCAUUGAUGGUGGAGCUGCUUUUGGAUUUCCUGAUGCUCCUGAAGCUGCAGCCAGAGCAGGUCUGAUUAGUGGUAAAGAUAACAUCAUUGACCGAAGCAUUCAGGAUGCCUAUAUCCAUGCAAUUCGUCGAGCAAAAAAUUUCAUAUACAUUGAAAAUCAGUAUUUCCUUGGGAGUUCUUUCUCUUGGAACUCAAAGGACAUCAAAGACGAAGAUGUUGGUGCUUUACACUUGAUUCCCAAAGAAUUGUCGCUGAAAAUUGUUAGUAAAAUUGAGAAAGGGGAGCGAUUCACAGUGUAUGUUGUUAUGCCAAUGUGGCCGGAGGGUGUGCCUGAGAGCCCAUCUGUUCAAGAUAUUCUGAACUGGCAAAAGAGGACCAUGGAGAUGAUGUACACUGAUAUAGUUCAAGCCCUUCAAGCCAAAGGUCUUGAAGCUAAUCCAAAAGAUUAUCUGACCUUUUUUUGCCUGGGGAACAGAGAAACCAAGAAAGAUGGAGAAUAUUUACCUUCUGAGAAACCAGGCAAUGAUACUGAUUACAGUAAAGCUCAGCAAGCCAGAAGAUUCAUGAUCUAUGUCCAUUCUAAGAUGAUGAUAGUUGAUGAUGAGUACAUAAUAAUUGGGUCAGCAAAUAUAAAUCAGAGGUCAAUGGAUGGUGCCAGGGACUCAGAAAUUGCAAUGGGAGGCUACCAGCCGCACCACCUGGCCACCGAGCAGCCAGCCCGGGGAGAUAUCCAUGGCUUUAGGAUGGCAUUAUGGUACGAGCACCUCGGACUGCUUGAUAACUGUUUUACUCAUCCAGAAAGUUUGGAUUGCAUCCGGAAAGUAAACAAACUUUCAGAAAAGUACUGGGACCUCUACGCUAGUGACACCCUGGACCAGGAUUUGCCUGGACAUUUGCUCUGCUACCCAGUUGGAGUUGCAUCAACUGGAGAGGUGACACAGUUACCUGAAAUGCAACAUUUCCCAGAUACCAAAGCUGAUAUUCUUGGCUCCAGAAUUGAUUACUAUCCUCCAAUUCUCACAACAUAAUGGAAUUUUCCAAAUUCUCGGCCUAAUUAAACUAGUUGUCAAGUCAUCUCAGUAGUUGGUAGACGUCAUCGACUAAUCAUAUUCAAAGACUGCAUAAUUACCAGUAAAUUUCGUUCAAUCUUCUGUGUAUUGUUGUGAAUAGGCUAUUGGAAUAAUUUUGCUGCAGUGCAACAUACUGUACAUGCAGCACCACUCUAUGUAUUUGAAUAACAAAAUUUGAAUCCAGGGCUACUCAUCUUUUCUUUUCCAAA